AACCAAGAUAAGAAAGUGAAAAUCUGUUGGUUUAAAAUCUAUACAGAGAUUUUAACAAUUCGUCAUGCUCCGAUUUGAGGACGAUCGAAUCUGAGCCGUCCAUUUUAUUAACACUUUCGGGGUUCAGCUCUGCUGCCUCGAAGCAGGGUCCAGAUCUCUCUCCCCCGGCUCCGGCGAUGGCUUCGCCUUACGCCGGCGGCGUGCAGCCUCCCUCUCCCGCUGGGGCGGUGCAGCAGCAGCAGCAGAACCACUCUCUGGCGUUCCGCGUGAUGCGGCUGUCUCGCCCCUCACUCCAGCCAGACCUGGCCGCUCUGCUCCGCUUCGACCCACGCGACGUCUUCCUCCCUGAGGACGCGCUCACCGGCUCCGACCCGUCCGCUGCCGCCAAAUUCCUCCACGGCCUCCUCCACCCUGCGGACUCCGCCACUGCCGUCCCUGGAGACUUCACCUUCCGCGACCGCUUCCUCCUCCGCGACCCAGCCGACGCGCUCGCUCUGCCGGGCCUCCUCGUCCUCCCCCAGUCGUUCGGUGCGAUCUAUCUGGGCGAGACCUUCUGCAGUUACAUCAGCAUCAACAAUAGCUCCAGCUUUGAGGCCAGGGACGUCGUCAUCAAGGCAGAAAUACAAACAGAGAGACAGAGAAUACUUCUUCUGGAUACAUCAAAAUCCCCUGUUGAGUCAAUUAGAUCUGGGGGUAGAUAUGAUUUCAUUGUGGAACAUGAUGUCAAAGAACUAGGAGCACAUACGCUUGUAUGUACUGCUUUAUAUAAUGAUGGUGAUGGAGAGCGUAAAUAUCUUCCCCAGUUCUUUAAGUUCUCUGUUUCAAACCCAUUAUCUGUUAGGACAAAGGUUCGCACCAUCAAGGACAUCACAUAUCUGGAAGCCUGCAUAGAGAACCAUACAAAAUCUAAUCUUUACAUGGAUCAAGUUGAUUUUGAGCCUGCCCAACAAUGGAGUGCUACAAGACUGGAAGCUGAUGAACAUCCCUCAACAGUGAAGUCUGCAAUAGGGGAUCUCUGUAAACAACCGAUCCUCAUCAGAGCUGGGGGAGGAAUAUACAAUUACCUUUAUCAGCUAAGAUCAUCAUCUGAUGAAGCUGGUCAAACAAAGUCUGAGGGAAGCAGUAUACUUGGUAAAUUUCAGAUAACAUGGCGUACGAACCUGGGUGAACCAGGCCGUUUGCAGACUCAGAACAUUCAUAGCACUCCGACUGCAAGCAAAGAUGUUAAUCUCCGUGCUGUGAAAGUUCCACCUAUUAUAUAUGUGGAAAGAGCAUUUAUGGUCAAUCUGUGCCUUACAAAUCAAACGGACAAAACUGUGGGCCCUUUUGAAGUAUUUCUGGCUCCAAGCAUGUCGGGUGAAGACAGAGCUGUUCUAGUCAAUGGGCCACAGAAGUUGAUUUUACCUUUGGUGGAGGCUUUUGAGUCUAUCAAAUUUGAUCUGAGCAUGGUGACCACCCAGCUAGGAGUGCAAAAGAUUUCCGGAAUUACAAUGUACGCCGUGCAGGAAAAGAAGUACUAUGAACCUUUGCCCGACAUAGAGAUUUUUGUUGAUGCAGAAUAGCAACACCAAAUUGGGACCCAUUUGACGAGCUGAAGAUGCAUUUGUACUUUUCAUUACCAUGGGAGGUCUACAUAGUUUACAUAAAGCACUGGCUGAUGUAUAUUGAUACAUGCGAUUGUCAUAUUGAUAUCAAAUUGACUUCUGUCGGAUGUCACUCAACCUUGGAUUACCACAUUCUCACUCAACCUUGAGCUGCACAUUGAUCAUGCUCUGCUAAAGACUGCACGGAUUACAAUUCUUCAAGCUGGGAAAGUUUUGGCCCAAAAUUACUGCUGAAUGUGGCCGGUUGCUCUUGCUGGUUAUCUCGUGAUUUUCUGUCAAGUACAAAAUUAUCUGGUGUGUAACUACGAAAUGACGGGUGUUGACAGCAUUGUAGUGGUAAUCCAAAAUGGCAUGUGAUGCUUUGCUUGCAA